GGGUAGCCAAUUGCUUAAAAUACGGCAAAACCCUUGUUCAGUUGGUCACUUGUAUAAAACACUACUAGGAGUUUCUACCAAAGCCUAAAAUUAUCGUUAUUCUGCUUAGAUUAUGGCUCCUGAUGCUACUCAUGCUCUUGCAGUUAGAGAAAAGGUUCAGCAGUAUCUCAAGGCUGCUUGUUCUGGGGAUAUUGAGCUUUUUAAGAAAUUGGCAAAGCAACUGGAUGAUGGGAAAGGGUUGGCCGGUACUGUGGCGGAUGUGAAGGAUGCUAACAAACGAGGGGCAUUACAUUUUGCGGCUAGGGAAGGCAAGAUUGAUUUAUGCAAGUACUUGGUGGAAGAGUUGAAGAUUGAUGUCAAUGAAAAAGAUGAAGAAGGUGAGACUCCCGUUCUUCAUGCUGCCAGGCAAGGACACACUGCUACUGUCCAGUACCUCGUAGAACAUGGUGCAGAUCCUGCAAUUCCCAGCGCCUCGGGGGCAACAGCUUUGCAUCAUGCUGCAGGAGAUGGGCAUAUUGAAUUGGUUAAAUUCUUACUGUCAAAGGGCGUAGAUGUUGAUUUACAAAGUGAUGUUGGAACACCACUUAUGUGGGCUGCAGGUCUUGGCCAGGCAGAUGCUGUGAAGGUUUUGCUGGAACACCAUGCUAAUCUUCAUGUUCAAACAGAAGAUGAUAAUGUCAGUCCUUUGGUAUCAGCUGUAGCAGCCAAUUCAUUGCCUUGCGUGGAGCUGUUAGUAAAGGCGGGGGCUAAUGUCAAUGUCAGAGCUGGUGAAGCAACUCCUUUGCUCAUUGCUGCUCAUAAUGGUAGUGCAGAAAUUAUUAAAUGCUUACUACAAGCUGGAGCUGAUCCUAAUGCCGCUGAUGAGGAUGGUAACAAGCCACUACAUGUUGCAGCUACAACUGGCAGUCGGGCAGCUGUUGAAGCUUUAUUGCCCGUAACACAACGGAUUCAGAGUGUUCCAGAAUGGAGUGUGGAUGGAGUCAUUGAGUUUAUGCAAUCUGAAUAUAGGAGAGAACAGCAGGAAAGAACUGAAGCUGAGAGGAAAGCAAACAAGUCGAGGGAACCUAUUAUUCCAAAGAAAGAUUUACCUGAGGUGACUCCUGAAGCAAAGAAGAAAGCUGCAGAUGCAAAGGCGAGGGGAGAAGAGGCAUUUAAGAGGAAGGAUUUUGCUAUGGCUGUAGAUGCUUAUACGCAGGCAAUCGAUUUUGAUCCAACUGAUGGCACUCUGUUUUCCAAUAGAAGUCUUUGUUGGCUCCGCCUGGGGCAAGCUGAACAUGCUUUAAGUGAUGCCAAGGCCUGCAGAGAACUUAGACCAGAUUGGGCAAAAGCUUGUUAUCGGGAAGGUGCAGCUCUACGUUUAUUGCAGAGGUUUGAAGAGGCAGCAAAUGCUUUCUAUGAGGGUGUACAGAUCGACCCUGACAGCAAGGAGCUCGUAACUGCUUUCAGGGAAGCUGUUGAGGCUGGUAGAAAAUUUCAUGACACGAAUAAGAAUAAUUUGUCGUCAUCCAAGAGCUAGAAAACGCAUAACACAGAGAACAAGUUGUCACUUCUUUUGCUGGGUGAUAGGACUUCUCCUGGAGCAAGUAGAUAAUAUUAUCGGGCAUGCCCUUUUUUGGUAGUUCAAAAUGUAUCAUUUAAUGCUUCACGCUAUAGUGAUUUGUUCUGUUACAUCUUCAGCAAUUUAUACACAACUUUUGUUAGAAUAACUACCAUGAUAUAAAUUCUUUAUGCUCUCUGAGGUGUUCCUCCCGCA